AUGAACUUCAUCAUCAUUACCUUCCUUAUCAUCCAAAACUAUGCCUUUUCAACCUCAAGUUCAAGCAAUUCAUACCAAUACGAACGUCCUCAAAGCACUUAUUAUCAAUCUAAUAAAUAUUUCGAUCAUACUAGAGGUAUUGAUGAAAACUUCUAAAGUUAAAUUAUAACUUUGAAUGUUGAAAUUAAAUGGAGAACACAAAGUAUUCCUUCCUGUCACCCUGAUAUUAUAUUUUCGUUAUAAGAUUCAAUCGAAAUCUUAGUAUUAAGUUUCAAUCAAAAUGCUCUUAGGUAUGAUGCUACCAGAUUGACUAUUAAGUAAUUUUAGUAAUAAGCCAAAGAUAUUUAUGAAAGUACAGUGUGGGCAAGCCUCAAAAAGUAAUUAUUUAUUUAAAGAAAGACCAUUAUCUGUUUUGAAGGUGCUAUUGAUUGCAGAUAGAGUUGUUUAGCAAGAUUACAAAAAUUUCAUCGAUAAAUGUGAAGAGAGUGCUAGAUAUUUUAUAGAUUAAUUAAAAUAAUGA